GAACAUAGGUAGAUCAAUUAAAAGACCCGUUGAGUAAAACGGGGUAUGAACCGGACGCAUUUUAUUAGCGGUUGGUUCAUGAUCCCCCACUAGACAUCACACCGUCAAAAUGCUCGGCGUUUCAACCUUUCAUCCACCUCCGUUGAAAACGUCGUUGCAUUCAACUAUCACACGUCUGAACCCUACAUUUCUAUCCCCUUUCUCAAUUUCCCCCUCUUUCAACCGCUCCACCACCACCACCACCAAACCUCUCGUAAUUCGCGCCAUCGACGCAGCACAGUUAUUCGACUACGAAUCCAAAGUAGCACUCCAAUUCCACAACUCUCAAAAGCUUAAAAUAGCCAUAAUCGGCUUCGGUAAAUUUGGUCAAUUCCUCGCCACCACCUUCGUCCGUCAAGGUCACACCGUCUUAGCUCAUUCCCGUACCGAUUACUCCUCCGCCGCCCGAAAUCUCGGCGUCACUUUUUUCCCUAACGUCGACGAUCUCUGCGAAGAACACCCCGAAGUUAUCCUUCUUUGCACUUCCAUAAUCUCAACUCAACAUGUUCUUCUCUCUCUUCCCUUUCAGCGACUCAAACGCAGUACAUUGUUCGUCGACGUUCUUUCCGUCAAAGAGUUCCCCAAAAAUCUUCUUCUCGAAAUUUUACCGUCCGAUUUCGAUAUCAUAUGUUCUCACCCUAUGUUUGGACCUGAAAGUGCAAGCCGUAGUUGGAGUGGUCUUCCAUUUGUUUAUGAAGAAGUUCGAAUUGGGAACGAAGAACAUAGGCGUCUGAGGUGUGAGAAGUUUCUUGAUGUGUUUGGAAGAGAAGGGUGUAGAAUGGUGGAGAUGAGUUGUUCUGAUCAUGAUAAGUACGCAGCAGGGUCACAGUUCAUAACACAUACUGUUGGUAGGGUUUUAGAUAUGUUGAUGUUGGAGUCCACUCCUAUUAAUACUAAAGGGUAUGAAUCUUUGUUGAAUUUGGUUCAAAAUACUUGUGGGGAUAGUUUUGAUCUUUACUAUGGCCUGUUUAUGUUUAAUAAGAAUUCUUUGGAGAUGUUGGAGAGAUUGGAUUUGGCUUUUGAGGAUUUGAGGAAACAGCUCAUUGCUCGUUUGCAUGAUGUUGUGAGGAAUCAGUUGUUUGAGAGUGCUGUAAAGGUCCAAACUUUACGAGAUAAUUACAACUAUGAAGUAACCAAGUAUGCCCAAAAUGGAUCUGCAAUUGUAAUAUCCUCCAGAAAUCAGAGAUCUGAUGAUGCUAUGGUAAGUAAUUACAAGUCAAAUGAUUCUGGCCAGUCUGAUGACAGCACAAAGCUCAAGAUCGCAAUAAUUGGUUUUGGUAACUUCGGUCAAUUCCUUGCAAAAACUAUUGUACGUCAUGGACAUAAAGUGUUAGCAUACUCUAGAUCAGACUACUCUCAUGUGGCUCAGGAAUUGGGAGUUUCCUAUUUCGAUGAUGCAGAUGAUCUUUGUGAACAGCAUCCAGAAGUGAUUUUACUUUGCACUUCAAUCCUUUCCACAGAGAAAGUUCUUAAAUCAUUACCUGUGCAGAGGUUGAAGAGAAGUACUUUGUUUGUUGAUGUACUCUCUGUCAAAGAAUUUCCCAGAAACUUGUUUCUUCAACAUUUGCCACCUUAUUUUGACGUUCUCUGUACUCACCCUAUGUUUGGGCCAGAAAGUGGAAAAAAUGGCUGGAAGGGUCUUCCUUUUCUAUUUGAUAAAGUCAGAAUAGGAAGAGAUGGCUCAAGAAUGUCACGGUGUGAUCGGUUUCUUGACAUUUUUUCCAAAGAAGGGUGCCGAAUGGUUGAAAUGUCAUGUGCCGAACAUGAUUGGCAUGCCGCCGGAUCACAGUUUAUCACACAUACCACAGGAAGAUUUUUAGAAAAAUUGAAGUUGGAGGCAACACCAAUAGACACAAAGGGUUAUGAGACUUUAUUGAGUUUGGUGGAGAAUACUGCUGGGGAUAGCUUUGAUCUCUAUUAUGGUUUGUUCUUGUAUAAUAUAAAUGCAAUGGAGCAACUUCAAAGAUUUGAUCUGGCUUUUGAGUCAUUGAAGAAGCAGCUUUUUGAUCGAUUGCAUGGUAUCUAUCGCAAACAAGUAUUUCAAAAUGAAGAAAAUGUCCAUGAUUUUCCAGAGAGGUCUAUGUUGCCUGAGAUAUCUGAAGAGAGUAGCACGGUAUCAUCUUUUUCAAGUACUGUGGAAGCUAAAUGAAAUUGAUUUCCAAGAUUGACUUCCAAUUGGUAAUUGUUGUCGGCCCUGCUUAUUAUAUUUGUAUGUUUUGAAGAAGCUUGUAAUUUCGUUUUUUUUGGUAGUUUAAGUUUGUAAUAUCUAAAUCUAAAUUUUUGCAUCCAAUCUAUCUUAAAGUUAUGGUAAUGUCCUGUUUGACCUCUUAUAAGUAAUCUUUACAAGAGGAGGACCAAGUAUAUGGAUAGAAUUUAAUGUAGGCUGUUUUUAUGUUGCAGCAGUUUUUUAAUUGUAGCAGUUUGGGUUUUUGUAGUAACUGCUACAUGGGUAGUUACCAAAAGAAUAAAAGUCUCCGAAACUUUGGAGAACAAGUGUCCUAGUGUUAUUCUGUUUUAUUUGCAUGUUAUUUUCUGUACUGUAAUUCUGUUUGUAUCAAUAAGCAUCAGAAGUUGUCCCAAUUUUACUUUGUA